UGCCUACAAGUCCAGACAGAGGGCACUCAUUACCCGGCAGGCACUUUGCCCGUGUUUUAAAGCAAGAUGGCAGCUGUUGUUGAAAAUGUUGUCAAACUAUUGGGAGAGCAGUACUACAGAGAUGCCUUGGAGCAGUGUCACAACUACAACGCUCGGCUGUGUGCAGAGAGGAGCGUCCGAAUGCCGUUCCUGGACUCCCAGACUGGUGUGGCUCAGAGCAACUGCUACAUCUGGAUGGAGAAGAGGCACAGAGGACCAGGCGUGGCCCCGGGGCAGCUGUACACGUACCCGGCCAGGAGGUGGAGGAAGAAACGGAGAUCUCAUCCUCCGGAGGACCCGCGACUCAUCUUCCCCCCCGUCAAGUCAGAGCUAGAUUUAGGGCUGAAGAAGGACGCCCUGCUGUCCACGGACGGCAGCAGCUUGGAGGCCCUGCUGAAGGGUGAGCCUCUCGACAAACGGACGGCCGCUGACGUCCGUGGGUCGGAGGAAGACUCGAAUCAGAGCGACUACACCGGAAGCCUGAACCCAGCAGCCCGGAUUAGAAAGAGAAUCCUCGAGCCAGAUGACUUCCUGGAUGACCUGGAUGAUGAAGACUAUGAGGAAGACACGCCUAAGAGGAGAGGCAAAGGGAAAGGAAAGGGUCGAGGAGUGGGCAGCGGCAGGAAGAAACUGGACACCGCUGCUAUGGAGGACAGAGACAAGCCCUACGCCUGCGACAACCCUAUCAAACAAAAGCACAUUUCAAAACCUUCUGAAAGAGUUUGUGGUAAGCGCUACAAGAACCGCCCAGGCCUGAGCUACCACUACGCCCACUCCCACCUAGCAGAGGAGGAGGGAGAGGAGAAGGACGACAUGGAAAUCAACGAACCGGUCCUACCGCUGCCUGAGGAGCCAAAAACUCCCAAAAAAGGUCCGGAUGGUCUCGCAUUGCCUAAUAAUUACUGCGACUUUUGCCUGGGAGACUCUAAAACCAAUCACAAGACGGGCCAAUCAGAAGAGCUGGUGUCCUGCUCUGACUGCGGACGCUCAGGCCACCCCUCCUGCCUGCAGUUCACUCCUGUAAUGAUGGCUGCUGUGAAGACGUAUCGCUGGCAGUGCAUAGAGUGCAAGUGCUGCAAUAUGUGCGGAACCUCUGAGAAUGAUGAUCAGCUUCUCUUCUGUGACGACUGUGACAGAGGCUACCACAUGUACUGUCUGAACCCGCCCAUGUCUGAACCUCCAGAAGGGAGCUGGAGCUGCCAUUUAUGUCUGGACCUUUUAAAAGACAAGGCGUCCAUCUACCAGAAUCAGAACGCCCCAACAUCGUGAUGUCUGCUCUCCUCCAUAACCCAACCAACCUGCAGCAUUACGGUUUACCCCUGAAGACUCGCCUUCACCUCCUCAUCAAGCUCACCGGGGGAGGGGGGGUGCUCUGGAAAGGGAAGUAUACCUGAGCAGACUGGCCACGGUUACCAUCAGAUAUGACUGUUACACAGUUUGGGCCUCAGAUCCAGUCUAAUGGGUUUUAUUGUUCAUCCAUUUGCCACACAGCCAGUUUGGCUUCUUAAUUUUAAAACGCAUCUUUAAAAAAGCCAAACUUAAUGUAACCCACUGUUAAAACCACAAGUAAAAAAAAAAAAAAAUAUUUUUUUAUUUAACUUUUAUUUAACCAGGAAGUCCCUUGAGAUUGAAAUCUCUUUUUCGAAGGAGACUUGGCCAAGACGGCACAACAGUUAAAAUACAAACAGAAAUACAACAUAGACAAAAUCUCACAUAGAGGAAAAGACAGGUCACAUAGGGCAGUUACAUUUUGGAAUUACAUGACAUUUUAACAUGGCCUUAAAUUCUUUCAAUGGGACUAGAUCAUUUAAAUGGAGCAAGUUUUGCAAAUUAUUCCAGGACCAUGGAGCAAAGUAAGAGAAGGAUUUCUUCCCCAGCUCAGUAAAAACCAUUGGAACCUGGAAAGAGCGCCACCUGGUGGAACGGAGAUGAAAAUGGCUGGAAUUUAGCUUGAGGAGAUUACAUAAAUAUGCCGGCAGUUUACCCAACAUGGCCUUGUAUAGAAAAAUAUACAAAUGAAGUUGUCUACGUAGACUUAGUGACGGCCAGCCUACCAGUUCAUACAGCGUACAAUGAUGAGUACGGCAAUAGGAGUUAGUUAAGAAGCGCAAAGCACUAUGGUACACAGAAUCUAACAGGUGGAGAGUACUAGAAGCAGCAUGCAUGUAGACAUCACCAUAGUCCAAAACACUUAAAGUAGCCUGCACAAGUGUUUUUCUGGCUGACAUGUUAAAACAAGUUUUAUUUCUAAAAUAAAACCCCAGCCGUAGUUUCAGCUUUUUUACAAGUUUUUCAACAUUUGGGCAGAUAUGUGUGUGUGUGUGUAUAUAAUUUUAUUUAUUUUUUUUUACUUGUGGUUUUUAAACUGGGUUACAUUUCACUUUAUCUCGAGCUUUUAUACCUAAAGUUGCUAAAGCUCUGUGACUGUCCUGUAAAUGUACUGAUUUUAUGGAGUUUAAAUUGCUUGAUCAUAGUGACAACAAACACAUUUUAUAAUAUUUAUAUAUUUCUAUGGAAAGGAUUAUAUGUGUAAAGCUUUGGGGAAAAAAAGGAAUUAUUGUCUCUGAUGUUAGUUCUUAUCUUAUUAGUGAAAAGUCCACAACCACAUGGCACUGCUGAAAUUUAGAUCCACCUGAUCCGACCCACACAAUUUACUGAGACUGUAAAUGAUUUAUUAUCUUUACUGCAGAAGACAGGAAAUGAAUUCCCCUUUAGGUUUAUGAGCGCCGCUUCAAAGACUUCAGGUCAGGCUUUUAUCUGUCGAUCAAUCUCGGCUUAUCGAGCUGCACCCGGUUAUAGUGAUGCACUGAUAUGCACGCUUCCGAACGUUCCCCUCUUUAAAAUUGUCUGGUUUUUGUCACGUAAGGAACGAGAAAUUAAACUCAGACUUUUUACCAUAGUUCUGUAUAUUUUACACAUUUAAAAAAAACGUAUAUAGGUUCAGAGGAGUGAGAAUUAUAAAACAACAAAAAACCAAACCUAUCACUGUUUAGAUCCUGCUGGGUACACUUGGAGCAUCUAUUCAACCUGCAUCUGGUUCUGAAUUCAUCGUGUAAAGCUACCAGUAAGGAGAAUAACGCAUGGAUUUAAUGGAGACAGGGCCGUACGCAGGGCCCAAUAUAUACUGUGGCCAAGAGUCAGAACUCCUAGGCGGGUUUGGUGGCGUCCUCCCCAGAGAUGUUUUUAAUUCCAUUAUUUUAGUCUGGCCAUUUUCAGAGUCUUAAGGAGCAAAAAAAACAUUGUGACCUUUAAAAAGGCUUGGCUGUUCAUUUCUCCUCUCCUUUCUCCCCUACCUGCCAUUCCAGACAUUAUAAACCUGAUUUUCAUCAUUCAAUCUUUCUUUUGAAGCUUCUAUCAAAGUGCUUAGAAAUGUUUCAUGAAAGACAUUCCAUUAUAAUUGAAAUGAGUUGCUUCAUAUUUACUUGAGUAUUUAAAAUAGACACCCAGACCCUGUUAUGUUAAUGAUGGAGCCUAAUGUAACAUAUUUCUAUUAUAAUCUCACACAAUACUUUGAUUAUCAUGUACCCCUUUCCCACUGGCCAAAAAACUUGUUUAAACCCAGAAGAGUCGGCUUUUAAUGGAGGUGGAAACAGCUCACUGACUCGUAAAGCGACCGACGCUAAAAUCAACGCGGCUCUGAUCGUUGUGCUGUGGGAACACCUGACCCGGUUUGACACGCUAAAUUACGUGAUGA